UACUGAAGAAAAGGAGCUCGCUUUCAUUCAAUGUUAGCAUGUUCCUGCGCCCAUUCUUUCCCUCAAAGCAAACGGGAGAGUUAAACUGUUUUCUUUCUAAUGCUCUUACAAUCGAACGAAUUUGUAGCCCCGUUGAAGUUCUGUAACGUUUUAAUGUGUAGCAAGUUAGCAACGUAUACGCAACCUAAUUGUAGCUUCGUUAGCUGCUAGCUGAAGUGGGACCAAGGCUUACCAGAUUCUCCGUCUUUUCUGUGGAAAAAGGACACAACGACAUUUCAACACACCCAUCUAAAAUAUAGAAGAAAAACUAUCGCGCAGAGAAGAUGGAAGCUCCACCAGUCACAGUGAUGCCAGUCACCGGGGGUACAAUCAAUAUGAUGGAAUACCUGCUGCAAGGCAGUGUUUUAGACCAGGCUUUGGAAAGUCUUCUGCACCGCCUCCGAGGUCUGUGUGACAACAUGGAACCUGAGACCUUCACAGAUCAUGAACUGGUUUACCUCCUGAAAGGCCAACAAGGAAACCCUUUUAUUCUGCGGGCGCGGCGCUCCCUCUCCCACCUCACAUCUCCAUGGCACCUACGCUACCUUGGCCAGCCUGAAGUUGGGGAUAAGAGUCGUCACGCUCUCGUCCGCAACUGCGUUGAUGUUGCUGCCUCUCACAGCCUGCCAGAAUUCCUCAAUGAGAUGGGCUUCCGCAUGGACCAUGAGUUUGUGGCCAGUGGGCACAUUUUCCGUAAAGGGGCAAUGAAGAUUGUGGUUAGCAAGUUGUCGCGCAUCCUGGUGCCAGGAAACACUGAGAACACAGAACGUCUUUCACUUUCAUACCUGGUGGAGCUGAGCGUGUUGGCUCCUGCUGGCCAGGACACGGUGUCAGAGGACAUGCGCAGUUUUGCUGAGCAACUCAAACCCCUCGUGCAUCUCGAGAAGAUUGACCCCAGCAAACAGAGACAUUAAAUGACAAUGUGUAGAAGGCCAAAUAACCAAUGAAUACCAUGGAUUUAUUUUUUUACACCUUAGAAUAAAAACAGCUACAUUUCUUAAACA